CUUCCAUCUCGCCACCUCGGCCCUCAACAUGCGCUUCCUCACCAUCUCGUCCCUCCUCGCUCUUGCAGCCACCGCAACCGCGAUUGCCCUCCCCCUCGACGCUGCAGAAGCCCCACUCAACGGCACUAUCGAAGUAUCCGUCGACCUCCCCAGCUCGCUCAUGGCCAAGCGCGCCCUCGGCGCCUCGGGCACGCUCACUUACCGCUGGAUCUCCAGGACGAAAUUCGGCGCCUCCUACCGCCUCAAGGACACCAAAGCGGACAGCCACCCGGUCUACAUCGAGACGACCGUCUACGACAUCAACGACCGCGCCAAGUACGUGCUGCGAUGCAACAACAACAACGGCGCGGGGAACGAGAUCAUAUGCCCGGAGAAGACGUACACCCACGGGAGUACGGUCGUGGGGAUCGCGCCGCAUGUUUGUGUCAAUGUGCAGUUGGGGAGCGACGAGUGCGCGACGGGGGGCACGGUGACGAAUCCGUAUCGCUGACGGCCAAGGUAGCGGGUCGCGGUACUCCGGUCUUUACCUGCUGAAAGGGCCUAGGUAGAGCUUUCUGCUGUCAAAACUUGAGACAUACUCGAGUCACUUUGCAGGCGUCGACGGCACGGGAGGGCUGGAUUCUUGCG